AUGGCUACAUUUACGCGGUUCGACAAGUACAAACUCCCUACCGAGUUUCUUGAUGGAGGGAUUAAACACACUAUUCUCGCCAGCCCUAGCAGGGUGGAGACGUGGGAGAGGCUCGAGCAGCUCGGGGAAGGUGGGUUCGGUACGGUCCAUAAGGAAAGGUGCCAUGAGACUGGCGCCAUUCGGGCCGUCAAAGAGAUCAGGAAGUCGCUGGCAAAGUCAAACGAAAUAGGUGUCUUGAUGAAACUUAGCUCGUACCCACAACAUUUUGUCCAGCUCGCGGGGUGGUUUGAAGACAGACUCAAUAUAUACCUGGCAAUGGAGUUCCUUGAGUGUGGUGAUCUUGGCUCUCUCAUGAAAGAUGAGGAACUGACCGAGAGCGAUGCGAAAUCUGUUACGGUCCAGGUGCUUGAGGGACUGGAGAUCAUGCACCGAAAUAACCUCUGCCACAGGGAUCUAAAGCCAGGGAACAUCCUCAUUGCCAGGUGGAUGCCACUCACAGUCAAGAUUGCUGAUUUUGGGGUCUCGAAGCAUUUUGACGGCAUAACCGAAGGUCGGACAUUUACUGGUAGUAAAAAGUACAUGGCACCUGAGAUCUGGGGAAUGAUACAGUGCGAUACCAGCACCUAUACAACAGCUGUCGAUUUGUGGUCCCUGGGCUGCAUGGUUUACGCCAUGCUCACGAAGGAGCCUCCAUUCCCCGAACCAAAAGGGCUCAUCGACUAUGUUGAGGGUCGUAUCACAUUCCCUCCCAAAAAUCUCGGGAACGUCUCGCUUUUGGCCGUCAAUUUCAUGGCUAGUGUGUUGAUGCCUUUACCCGCUGACAGAGUCACUGCGGAACAAGCACGGCAGCAUUCUUGGAUUGCAGCCGAGUCAGGAGAUGACACCGUCUGGACCAUACUUUCGAGCAAUAGCAUAGUUAGCUCAUUUACAGCCAAGCAAAACCUCACGGUGCCAGUAGUGCAAGAAAAGGAGAACGAGGAUAAAACCGUGUUCCAACCCCACAACACCUUCCUGAGUACACAUAAAUCAAAAUUGCCAUCCAGCUUUGAACCGAUUAGAGUGAAAGAGCCACCAAAGAAACCGCAGGCGACGACAAUCCCCAGACCCACACGGAAAGGACCGAAAGAAGACGCAAUGAUCGCAGCAGCAGCCCAUGGCGAUAUCACGCUUGUUCGGAGCAUGCUCGAUAGAGGAGCCGAUAUCAACUCACUAGACUAUCAAGGGAGAACAGCACUCAUCCUUGCGGCUUUUGGAAACCAUCUCGCGCUUGCUCAGUUUCUACUGGAAAGAGGCGCACCUAUCAGUCAAGGCAAUAAAGAGGGGAUCACUCCUUUGCACACGGCGGCCGAGGAAGGACAUCUUGCCACCAUGGAGUUUCUUCUUGCCCAUGGUGCCAGCGUGAAUGAGAGGUCUUUAGAUGGCCGUGAUCCCCUCUACUUUGCUGGCAUCUCGGGAAGCCUGGAGUGUGUCAUGUUCUUACUCAAGAAUGGAGCAGAUACCAAACACCGCUCAGAACAGGGAUUUAGCGCUUUGCAUACAGCAGUUGAGAGAGCCCAUAUCGAUGUGGCUGGCUAUCUUAUACAACUUGGUUUCGAUGUGAUGGAGGAAUCGGCCGAUGGCAGAGCGUCAUUGGACUUUGCGGUACUAUCGAAGAACGAAGAAAUAAUCAAAUACUUGGUGCUUAAAGGAGCAAAUGUCUCGCAUCGGGAUCACAUUCACGGCAUCACGGCUCUGCAAAGGGUAGCUCAAGUAGGACAUCUCCCUAGCGCUAUCUACCUUUUGCGAAAUGGUGCCCGUGUGGAUGAAACGACGCCAGAUGCUCGUAGGCCCUUGUACUUUGCUUGCGCGUCAAAGAAUGUUGACCUAGUCAAGUAUCUGCUACAGCAAGGAGCACAUAUCGGCGACCGGACGGAUGAAGGAUAUACCUCAUUACAUCGGGCAGCAGAGAGUGGGCAUGUCCCAAUGAUGAAGUUUAUUCUGGAACAAGGAGUGAAUGUGAAGGAGCCGUCAAAUGAUAAUCGAUCACCCCUCUAUUUUGCGACUCUAUCAGGAAACGUCAAUGCCGUCCUACUUCUACUCGAGAAAGGUGCAGAUAUCCGAUGUGUGACCGACUCCGGGCAGACCCUUUUAAUGGUGGCGGCUGCGAGGGGGUAUAUCCCCAUGAUUGACUUUUUCAUGUCACGAGGUUUCAGAAUAGAUGAAACAGAUCUUAUCGGUUACAAUGCUCUACAUUUCGCCGCGGAAAACGGACAGCUAAAAGCGGUCCAACAUCUUGUUAUUAGAGGCGCAAAUAUCAUGACCACGAUCAACACAGGGGCCACAGCCCUUUCUCUCGCAGGGGAGAAUGGGCACAGUGAAAUAGUUACCUACAUUCUCGAAAAACUAGAGACUGGAAACACCGCCAUACCCCCUCUUGAAAGUCGCCGGAGCGCGCCUCCUACUAUGUACGAGAUGAACCCACAACUUGGUAGAUACAGUCCAAAACCAAACCCGUCCUCCCAGCUUUUUGUCGGCUCCAGUGUCUCAGUGGGCUCUGAUUGGUCAUCGGCCAACUCGCAGGCAGGGUUGUCGGUUGGCUCCACGCCCUCGAAAAAGUCUCGGAUGGGUAUAAACAGCCGCAUCAAAAAUUGGUUUAGUCAAAGUGCCUCCUCGGGCACUCCCUGA